GGGCAGAGGAACCAGAGGGAAAAUCCACCUUCCGGGGCACAGCCAUACCAUCCACCUCACUCGACUGCUUGUCAAGUUCACCACCAACACAGAGGGGGCUCAGAUCAUCAAGAAACAAUGUCGAGUGAUGAUAAAAGUAAAUCAAAUGACCCCAAGAAUGUGCCCAAGAAUUGCGAUCCCAAGUGUGAACAGAAGUGCGACUCCAAAUGCCAGCCCAGCUGUUUAAAGAAGCUGCUGCAACGCUGCUCUGAGAAGUGCCCACGGGAAAAGUGUCUACCACCACCCAAGUGCCCGCCCUGCCCCUCACAGUCCCCUUCAUCCUGCCCUCCCAAGCCCUGCGCCAGGCCCUGUCCUCCUAAAUGCCCUCCUCCAUGCCCUCCUCCGUGCCCUCCUCCCUGCCCUCCCCCAGAGUGAGGCACUGUGGGCACCACCCCAUCCCACCACCACUGCCAUCUCCACUGUGUACAAUGCCUGGGGCUGGGAACUGAAACCAUGCACUGACAAGUAAACGUGUUCCUCUGCUGUGCAAGACUUA